AGGAGGUUAGAAGUUGGGGAGGGGAGAGAGACUCUGGACUGGAGGAGGAGGAGGAACCGGCUUUCUCGGCGGCAGCCCGCAAAAAAUUCAACGGGCUUGACCCAGCGACGGCGGCUCCAGACCCCCGCAGAGCCGCAAUCAACGCUCUCCGCAGAACGGAGGACGGCCCCGGCAGCGUCGUUGAAGAGUUGCUUUGGCGCCUUUUAGCCAGGCUGGGAUUGCGCCGAAGGGCUCCUGUCAGAGGGGCGCAGCCGCCGCUGCCCCUCUCGCUACCGAAGAGGGCUGCCACAGGAGGCGGCGGGGACACGGUAAAAGCUGAAGCCGCCGCAGCCGCACCGAAGCGACCCGCGCGCCGAAGGAUGCGGCGACCUCUUGGGUGCGAUAAUGUGCACAGGCUGCCCGGCGCUCUCUCGGGCUCAGCCCAACCCCGACCUUGCGCCUGCUGGGUCUGCCGCCCGCCCGCCGCCCCGGGGUGGGAGCGGCGAGUCCCACCGCAGCCCGCGGAGGAGUUUGGCAGCUGAUCUCUUGCUGGCGCUGGUUAAUCCCCUGGCUACCGCGACUCGAUUAACCCCCUCGCUCCUACUGCGAGCCGUCCAGGGGGCUGCUGCUUGGGGCGAAGAACGAACUCAAACCUCAACGGGUCAAGAACGAAGCCCCAGCCUUCAAAAUCAUGAAUGGAACUCGCGGCUUCAAAAGAAGCCUACCCUGGGUCUCGGGUGUCUCCGCUGGACAGAACGGUGAUGAAGCUGGGGAACCCGGAGAUCGCCAGGCAGUUGCUACUGCGAGGCGCCGACCCGGAUCUGAAAGACCGCACCGGCUUCGCUGUCCUGCACGACGCGGCCCGCGCCGGCUUCCUCGACACGCUGCAGACUUUGCUGGAGUUCCAAGCGGACGUGAACGUAGAGGACAACGAGGGCAACCUUCCGCUGCACUUGGCCGCCCAAGAGGGCCACCUGCCCGUCGUGGCCUUCCUCCUGGAGCGCACGGCCAGUCGGGUGGAGCAUCGCAACAAGAAGGGAGCCACCGCCUACGAUCUGGCGAAGCUCUACAAGAGACAGGACGUCGCCAAACUGCUGGAGAACAGCAGGCGGAGGGAGGGUGCCCUCAGCGGGGACUGAAGCCCACCCCUUGUCCCGGACUCCAAAACGCCUGCUUGUUCACCUGUCUCCUCUCUUUCUCUCUACACCUUAAUCAAAAUAUACAAAUAGAUGGGGUUGGUCUUUUUCAAAUGCAGACAUAGGGGUGAUAUUUUUCCCUGGGGUGGGGGGGAAUCAGGAAGCAAGCAAGAACCUGGGUGGGCGCUCGCUUUUCUUUUAUUAAUGCUUUUUCUUUUUUAAAUGUGGUUUGCUCUUGCUGCUCACCCCACCCUUCAUUUAAGGGAGGGUGGGGGGGGGAAAACUGUUGAAGAUCUGUUUUUGUGCUUUCUGAUAACUUUCUUUUUAAAGAUCUGUAAAGGCUUACUGUGAUUUCCUAUCCCUGAACACCAUCUAGCCUAACAAAGGUUAACAUAAUAUGAAACAGUGCAUGAAGGAGUGUAUAUAUGAAAGACCUUUUGUGUUGGAAAGGGAGGUGGGAGAAAAAGAGAGACUUUUGGACGUGUGACUUGCAAAUUUUUGAUGAAGUUGAUAUUUCAUUGUUACUUUUCUUCUAUUUUUAUUGUCAUGCCUUGCCUCCUAAACAUCUUUUUUUCUCAAGGAAGUUCUGCUGAAAUCUGGCUUUCUUCUAGCUAAACAUGUUUAGGACCCAAGGUUCAGUUGAUUCAUCACAUUUGAGCAGAGAGGCAGAGAAGAAAUCUCGAUUUAGAGUACUUUGAAUAGUGAAGAUUCAAUAAAAGAUAUAACAAAAAGUAUAAGAAUGAAUUUAUUGAGUCCAAAGUCACACAAGUGUGGGGAUAUGGUAUUUUGGCUAUUUGCACAAAUACAACAGUUAAAAUAGGUUAAUUUAUAAGAUUAGAUCAUGUUUAGUGACUUGAUAAGAUUUUGGGAAUGCUUUAGAUUUUCUCAGAUUAAGUUGCCAGACUAGUACCAUUUACUUAAAUUUGUUCCAGUGAAAUUAAUCCAGAAUAAGCAUUUAUUUUUGUGGUUAAACUUGGGAUUUUUGAUCAAAGCCUAUUUUACAGAGUCCACAAAUUUCUAGGUAACAGUGUAGUAUAGAACUUCAGAAACAAAAAUGUGAAUUAAAUUUAGGCACGGUUGUUGAGUAGAAAAGUUGGCUAUUGAAACAGAUGUAUUUUGCAUGGGAAUAAACUACAAAACCUAUAACUUUAUCAAUUAUUUAGAAUAAUCUCUCUCUCAUCCUACUAGUUUUCAGAUUAAAAACUUAAGUUUGUUGCA